AUGUCUAAGAAGUUCGAGAUGUCAGAUCUAGGUAAGCUAACGUACUACCUUGGCAUAGAGGUGAUUCAAGGAGCAGACAAAAUCAGAAUAAAACAAGAAAUGUAUGCUCAAGGAAUCCUGUGUGACACGAAGAUGGAAGCGUGUAACGCAUCUCAAAUUCCAGUGGAGGCGAAUUUGAAGAUCUCAAAAGCUGAAGAUGAACGAGAGAUAGAUGUUACAGAGUAUCAUAGGAUGUUUGAGGUAUCUGCUUCCCACAAGACCCGACCUGUGUUACGCAGUAGGUUUUCUAAGCAGAUACAUGCACAAUCCGAGAGACUCUCACGGACAAGCCAUCAAGCACAUAUUACGGUAUGUGAAAGGAAGAACAAACUUCGUGACAGCAGUCACAACAUUGAUCUCGAUGACGGGAGGAGCACGUCAGGACAUGCAUUCUACUACGGUUCAUCACUGAUCACUUGGACAUCGCAGAAGUAG